CAGACUGGUUGUCUCUGACGGAGGAUCAUGAUGAGCUGUUCAGGUCUUUCGGGCCUUCUUCUCCUAAUGCUGACAGGUGUCACAGUGGCUGAAGUUCAGAAAAGAGUCAUCAAUGGAUGGACCUGUGGGAAAAAUGAAGGCCCCCACCACGUGAUCCUGGGUCUUCAAGACAACCAAAAUUCUUUCCGUCCUAUCUGUGGAGGGUCUCUCAUUAGUGAUCAGUGGGUUCUGACUGCUGCUCACUGUAUUAUGUCGAAUUUGAAGGCAUUUUUGAAAACCAGUUCAACUGUGACAGAGUUUACUGAGAGUCACCUGUAUGUAGACUACAAUGGAGCACAUGACAUCGCUCUGCUGAAACUAAAGACUUCUCAGCCCACUCAGGUUCAGAUCAAAUUACCUGAGUACAUUGACUGCAGAACCCCUGAUUUCAGAACUAAGGUUAAAUUUUAUGGCAUGUUUACUGUGAAAAAUCCAUCCCAAUCAGCAGUUAAAGAGAAAUCAAUAUUACAUCCUGAUGGGAAAUUACACUGUGGAGAGCUGGAGGUAGUAAAGUGUGACGACAUGUCAAGAUACAGAAAUGGCCUGGACCUCGGUUUACAUUCAAUAGCCUCCAGUAGCCUUCUUUGUGCUAAGGAUCCUAACAAGAAUGUUGAUAGCUGUGGGGGCAAUUCUGGUGGCAGCCUGACCACAUCUGAUGGAGUUCUGCGUGGAGUGGUUUCAGCUGGCGAUGAGACAUUUUGUACCGGUCCUAUAAUGUUCAUGGAUGUCUGCCGCUACAGAAAGUCGAUCAAUCAAGUUACUAAAUUGUAACAGAUUGUGAGAGAGAUGAUAAAAUUCUGCUAAUACAAGAUAAAACCAAUAAAGA